AUGCAGGCCACCGACGUAGCUUGUUCCAACCAGGGAACAGUAGGCGACAGCACGCCGCCUGCUGCAGUCUCUGCCUCAACUUCUGUGAGGAGUUCUGGAGAAGAAGCGGAGUCAACGGCGCCUCGAGAAUCCACAAAUGGGUACACUUUGUUGCUGGGGAACAGCAGCGAGUCCGAAACCACCGAACUCGACGCUGCAGAUGGCCAAAGCACGACUCCCCUGCUGCCCAGCGCUGGAAGCCAAGAAACAGCAAGUUCUCAAGAAACGGAGAUGCCAAAUGUAACUCAGGAGGAAGUACAAGCAAGCAUUACAACCCCCAAAGCUCCUCCCAACAGCCCCCAGCGUCAAGAACAAGUAGUACAGCCCCACUAUCAACGCCAGCAGCAGCGCGGCAGAUACCAACACCCAGGAGGCCGAGGAGUUCCCCGCGGAAGCCGGCCUUAUGAACAAAGACAAGGAAACUUUGCUGCUAACAACGGAGAGUACCACCAGCACCAUAACGGCCCUCAACACCACCGCGGCAGAGGCGGCUAUAUCAGCAUCAGACAAGCACCCACUCACCCCCAGCACUUUCCUCGCCAAUACGCUCACCCACAGCAGCAGCAAAACCAGCAGCAGCAGCAGCAGCAGCAGCAGCAGCCUCGUCGCCCGUUUCCUCGCCAACAAGGCCAGCCACAUUAUCAUGGCUUCGGCCCGAAUGCUGCUCCCCGAGGAGGCAUUUGGUACAAGGCUUCUGGUCCUGCGUAUUAUCCACAGCACCCGCUGCCACAAGGGUAUUUCAUGCCCCCUCAGCCCGGCCAAGUUAUGCCACCCCCGCCCCCACCACCUCCGAUGAACAACAGGGUCCCCUACUCACCAGCUCUGAUGCAUGGGCAUCCUAUAUACCCAAUGCCACCGCACGUGCAGCCGCUGCAGCCGCCUCGACCUUUAAGCCCUGAAGAGCUCCACUUUCUUCAACAGCAACACAUGCACAUACAUGGCCAGCCUCCCAUGCAGCCGCCGAUCCAUCAGCAAUGCCACCAGCACCAGGAGCUACAGAACCAAGAACAGCAGCAGCUACACCAGCAACACCAGCAACUGCUAGAGCAGCAGCACCAACAGCAGCUGCAACAUGAGCAGCUGCAACAAGAGCAGCUGCAGCGUGAGCAACUGCAACAAGAACAGGUGCAACAGGAGCAGCCGCAUCAAGAGCAGCCUAAACAAGAGCAGAUGCAACAAGAGCAGUUGCAAGAAGGGCAGCUGCAACAAGGAGAGCAACAAGAGCAGCAACAACAGAAGCAACAAGAGCAGCAGCAGCAGCAACAACCCGAGGUGCAACAGGGUUCUCUAAAUGCGCAACAACCAGUGCAGCAGCACACAGAGCAGCAGGCUGAGCAGCAACCCCAACCUCAGCAUGAGCAGCCAAAGGCCUUCAAUGAAGAAGCAUACACCGAGCAACAACAACAGUAUGUGAACGAAAUGAACGGACACCCGGCGCACUUUCACACACACAUGCAACAUCAUCAGCAGCCAGGGCCCAACAUGCCGCCUCCAACAGAACUUGGACCGCAUCCAGGAUUUCCGCAGCAGCCUGCUUACCCGCCGUUUCCGCACAUGCAACAUGAGCACCAAGAACAAAGGUUCAUGCAUCCGCCGCCAAGACCAUUCCAUGCGCAGCAAGGACCUCAUUGGAGGCCGCAGCCACGCUUCGUCAAUCCGCAGCAGCAACGGCUUCAUCAGCAGCAUCAAGAACAUUUGCACCGGCAGCAGAUGAAUUUGCACCAACAGAGGGAGCAAAUACUGCACCAGAAAGCUCAACUAGACGAGCAGCAGCGCCGGUUGCAGCAGCAGCAGCAGCAGCUGUCGUACCCAACAGAUCAACAUGGACGUUCGCAGCAGCCGCAAAAGCACUGGCAGCAAUCAAAGUUUUUGAGCGAAGAGCAAAGGCAAAUCCACCAACAGCAGCAUUACUUGGAGCAGCAAUUGAGGCACCUCCAAAAUCAGCAAGAAUUCAUCAAUCAUCAACGGGGCUAUCAUCAUGACCCCGAGUUUGUGCAUCAGCGCCUCAUUUAUCUUGAACAGCAGCAGAGAUAUUUGGGAAAGCUGCAGCAGCACCAACAGAUGUACAGCGGCGGCGGUGCAGCAGCUAGACACAUGGUUCCUGACUGGGUUCCUGAUCCUUCACCUUUGGGCUUCUACGACAGUACAGGCCUGUGGAUUCCUUACGGUAUGGAAGAUUACCACAAGAAGCAACUAGAAGAAGCCCGAGGACGGAUUAGGGAGGAGCAGAAAGCCCUUAAUGCUGAAGUUUCACAAGCAGCUGCCAGAGUCGCUCACAGCCCACGUUCCUCUAGGGCUUCGAGGUACCCAAGUUCAAGAGCAGAUAGCAACGCCUCCAGACACAACAACAACAGAAGACGCCAAGGGCCCCUCUACCCACAACCAAACAUGCGCUAUCAGGGAGCAGUUCCAGGCCCCAAUAAUCGCAUGAACCCCCAAAACUCUAGAGCUCCUUGCAAUGCCAGUGGUGUGCCUCUUCACAUUUUCCGAGACGAUGUCGAGUACGCCCGUGCUUUGUGGAGACGCAUGUCUGGCAAGCUGAGGCACCAAAUAUUCCUCAUGAGAGACGAAAGAAGGCAAAAAGAAAGACAAAAUCGUCAACCACGCAACGGCCGAGAGCGGCAGCAAGCUCCAGAACGGAGACAAGAGCAAACAGAAGAACAACAACAACAGAGAGACCCUGUUUCGCAACAGAGAGACCCUGUUUCGCAGACUUCUGAUUGCGACGAAAUGCGGCCUGUCACCAACUUGGGAGAAACUGCUCCUGGAGAAGUAUCUCAUGAAAUAUCUUCGAGCGCAAACGAUGCGGCAGAUCUUGAGGGCUUGCCUCUUCUCAAUAUCGCAUCUUUCCAAUUCCGCUCUCCCCGUGAACAAUAUGGAGCAAGUACAUCCAGCAGAUCGAACCCACGUCCCGAAGCGGCUAAUGCUGGGAAUUCCUCAACCGCUCUAAUGGAUUUGUACUUGGCAUUGAGAUCUUGCGAUCCUCGGGUGCCUGCUGAGUCCGAAAAAGCAAAUGACGAAGAGAAUGAAAGUGUAGCAAACAAAGAGGAAAAAACACAGUUCAAUCACGAGGACCUGCUAAGAAGGUCUAUGCUCAGAUACCUAGGAGAAGGGCACUGGACCUCCUAUGAAGAAUUUGUUACUUCUCAGGCUGCCGCGCUCAGGCUAUCUGAAAAUGAAAUUAUGCAUAUGCACUUGGUGUUCUAUCUGGACUUGUUUAAUCAGCAGGCGACUCAGCAUGUCGCGGACAUUCUAAGGGAACACGGCACAGAAUGCCGCAGCGCCAUAUCCAACAGCAGAAAAGGCAAGGAAGGUGUUUGCCUCCAAGAGAACACAGAAACAAACGUACAAGAGUGCACAGUUGCCAAACAAGAGUUGCAAAAUCGACUCAGGCUACUCCAGAUCCUUCAAGAAAGAUAUAGGGGCCUAAUCGAAGGGAGAAUCGAGCAGCUCAGGAACGUUAUCCUCAGAACUGCCCAGACUAAUAACUCGCGCGGAGACAAUGACGCGACAGAGAAAGCUCCAGAAGACAAACCUCGAAAGCCUCAAGAAGGGCAGCAAAACCACGAGGAAGCCCCGGAGGGUGAAGGGAAGAGCGUAGAGCCAGCCCAUGGUCAAGGGAGCGAUAGCACAAGUGAAACUGCCCAAAACGCCGCAGACCAGCACUCAGAGACCUCGCCUUAG